AUGACGGUGCUGAAGGAAAUCCCGGAGAAAUGGUUUCCAGUGGUUCUCCCCCUGCAGAGAAAGAAACAGAAAGGACUCGAUGGAGGCAAAUCUAAAAAGGGCAGAGGAGAGGAGGAGAGAAGGGUCAGGGCCAAUGACAGAGAGUACAACGAAAAGUAUCAGUACGCGAGCAACUGCAUCAUGACAUCCAAGUACAACAUCAUCACCUUUCUGCCCGUCAACCUGUUCGAGCAGUUCCAGGAAGUUGCCAACACCUACUUCCUUUUCCUGCUCAUACUGCAGCUGAUACCUCAGAUCUCCUCCCUCUCCUGGUUCACUACCAUCGUGCCUUUAGCUCUGGUGCUCAUCAUCACUGCAGUGAAGGAUGCCACUGACGACUAUUUUCGUCACAAGAGCGACAACCAAGUGAACAACCGUCAGUCUCAGGUCCUCAUCCGUGGCUCCCUUCAGCACGAGAAGUGGAUGAACGUGCGAGUUGGUGACAUCAUUAAACUGGAGAACAACCAGUUUGUGGCAGCUGACCUGCUCCUGUUGUCCAGCACUGAACCUCACGGGCUCUGUUACAUCGAGACAGCCGAGCUGGACGGGGAGACCAACAUGAAGGUGCGUCAGUCUGUAUCGGUGACAUCUGAACUCGGAGACCCGAACAACCUCUUUUCAUUCAACGGUGAGGUGGUGUGUGAGCCCCCUAACAACAAGCUGGAUCGUUUCUGUGGGACUUUGUACUGGAGAGACAAGAAAUACACCCUAACCAACCAGAACAUGCUGCUUCGAGGAUGUGUCCUCCGCAACACUGAGGCCUGCUACGGCCUGGUCAUCUUUGCAGGCCCGGAUACCAAGCUGAUGCAGAACAGCGGCCGCACUAAGUUCAAGCGUACGAGCAUCGAUCGCCUCAUGAACACUCUGGUCCUCUGGAUCUUCGGCUUCCUGGUGUGUAUGGGUUUGAUCUUGGCUGUUGGUGACGCUGUGUGGGAGAGAGAGGUGGGGUCCCUGUUUCAGAGCUACCUGCCCUGGGACCCGCCGGUGAACAACUUCCUGUUCAAUGCCUUCCUCUCCUUCUGGUCCUACGUCAUCAUUCUCAACACCGUGGUGCCUAUCUCUCUGUAUGUCAGUGUGGAGGUGAUCAGGCUCGGUCACAGCUACUUCAUCAACUGGGACCAGCAGAUGUUCUGCUCCCAGUGUAACACAGCGGCCGAGGCCAGGACCACCACUCUGAAUGAGGAGCUGGGUCAGGUUGAAUACAUCUUCAGUGACAAGACUGGAACUCUUACCCAGAACAUCAUGAGCUUCAACAAGUGCUCCAUCAAUGGACAGACUUAUGGUGAAGUUACAGACCCACUUGGACCUCAGCCAAAGCGGCUGGACUUUACCCCCUUCAACCCACUGGCCGACCUGGACUUCUGUUUCUAUGACGACACGCUGCUGGAAUCAGUGAAAGUGGGAGACUCGCACACUCACAAGUUCUUCCGCCUGCUCUCCCUCUGUCACACGGUCAUGAGCGAGGAGAAGAGCGAGGGGGAGCUGGUUUAUAAGGCCCAGUCUCCAGAUGAGGGCGCUCUGGUCACAGCCGCUCGAAACUUUGGAUUUGUGUUUCGCUCCCGGACGCCGGGGACGAUCACCACCACGGAGAUGGGACGACCUGUCACCUACACGCUGCUCGCCAUUCUGGACUUCAACAACAUACGCAAAAGGAUGUCUGUCAUAGUGCGUAGCCCAGAGGGCAGGAUCCGCCUGUACUGUAAAGGAGCUGACACUGUGCUGCUGGAGCGACUCCACCCAUGUAACCAGGAACUGAUGAAUAUCACCUCAGACCAUCUCAAUGAGUACGCAGCCGACGGUCUGCGGACCCUGGCCCUGGCCUACAGGGACCUGUCAGAGGACGAGUGGGAGGCGUGGUCAGAGAGCCACCGCUGCGCCGACAAGGCCAGCGACUGCAGAGAGGACCGGGUGGCCGCCGCCUACGAGCAGAUAGAGCAAGACAUGAUGCUCCUGGGGGCCACAGCCAUUGAGGACAAGCUGCAGGAAGGUGUCCCAGAGACCAUCGCUGUCCUCUCUCUGGCCAACAUUAAAAUCUGGGUUCUCACUGGAGACAAACAGGAGACGGCUGUCAACAUCGGUUACUCGUGCAAGAUGUUGACGGAUGACAUGACUGAGGUGUUCAUCAUCAAUGGUCACACGGUCCAGAGCGUGCGGCAGGAGCUCAGGAGGGCGAGGGAAAGGAUGAUUGAGCUGUCACCCACCAGAGAGGGUGGGAAGGAGUCGGGGAUGGAGGGAUGGGGAGAGGCCUACUUCAGUGGCAAUGGACUCAGAGGAGGACAAGAGGGAGAUCGCACAGAACGUGGAGGAGGAGGAGGUGGAGGAGGGAAACCUCCCCAGUGCCCCCCUCCUCCUCCUCCUCCCCCUUCACCUCCCUCCAACCUCAUGGACAACGUCUCUGGAGAGUUUGCCCUCAUUGUCAACGGUCACAGUCUGGCCCAUGCUCUGGAAGCCGACAUGGAGACGGAGUUCGUGUCGACGGCGUGCGCAUGCAAAGCGGUCAUCUGCUGCAGGGUCACGCCGCUGCAGAAAGCUCAGGUGGUGGAGCUCAUCAAGACACACAAGAAGGCCGUCACUCUGGCCAUAGGAGAUGGCGCCAACGACGUUAGCAUGAUCAAAAGCGCUCACAUCGGAGUUGGUAUCUCAGGCCAGGAGGGGAUCCAGGCUGUCCUGUCCAGCGACUACUCCUUCUCCCAGUUCCGUUUUCUGCAGCGCCUCCUGCUGGUCCACGGCCGCUGGUCCUACCUGCGCAUGUGCCGUUUCCUCUGCUACUUCUUCUACAAGAAUUUUGCCUUCACCAUGGUGCACUUCUGGUUCGGUUUCUUCUGUGGCUUCUCAGCUCAGACUGUUUAUGAUCAGUACUUCAUCACACUCUACAACAUUGUCUACACCUCCCUCCCUGUGCUGGCCAUGGGGAUAUUUGAUCAGGAUGUUCCUGACCACAGGAGUCUGGAGUACCCGAAGCUGUAUGAGCCCGGGCAGCUCAACCUCCUCUUCAACAAGAAGGAGUUCUUCAUCUGCAUCACCCAGGGCAUAUACACGUCAGUGGUGCUGUUCUUUGUCCCCUACGCCGUCCUGUCUGAUGCCACUCAGAGCAACGGAGUGCCCCUCGCCGACUACCAGACCUUCGCUGUCACCACGGCGACAGCACUGGUCAUCGUGGUCAGCGUACAGAUCGCUCUGGACACAGGCUUCUGGACGGUCAUCAACCAUGUGUUUGUGUGGGGUUCUGUGGGCCUCUACUUCAGCAUCAUGUUGGCCCUGCACAGCCAGAGCCUCUUCAGGAUCUUUCCCAAUCAGUUCCACUUUGUCGGUAGUGCCCAGAGCACGUUAUUGCAGCCAGUCGUGUGGUUGACUAUUGCGCUCGCGACAGCAAUAUGCAUAGUUCCAGUUUUAGCUUUCCGCUUCCUCAAGCUGGACCUGAAACCUCAGCUCUCAGACACGGUGCGCUACACGCAGUUGGUGCGGCAGAAGAAGAGGAAGCCAGCUGGACGCAGUGUAGGAAGUGCCUGGCGCGGCGUGGGCAGCGUGGCAGAGGGUCGUCUCGGGGCUCGUGGUGGUUCGAGGAGGUCGGGCUAUGCCUUCGCCCACCAGGAGGGCUUUGGAGAGCUGAUCACCUCUGGGAAGAACAUGAGGCUCUCCUCUCAGGCCCUGGCCAACUUCGCCUCCAGACACAGCUCCAGCUGGAUCGACACGCUCCGCAGGAAGAAACACAAUCACACUCACACUCCCCCCAGCGCUUCGGGGGAGUGCAGUCCAGCGCCCAGUUGUGUCUCUGGGUCACUUCCUCCACUCUCAAACUCCUCCUCCGUCCUCGGGGGAUCACAGGAGACACCUAUCGAGGAGGAAACGGUCCCAGCCCGUGAUGUGCAGCCUGUUCCCGCUGUGUCCACGAAAACCCAUCCAGCUGCAGCACUGGGCCCAGAGUCAGCUGCACCUCCGGGUCCAGCUCAGGCCCCGAGCUCCAGCGUCCUCGGCUCCUCAGCAGUGAGAUGCCACGGGGGAGACUCCCCUGGAGGCUGGACGCUCUCUCUUGGUAGUGUGCAGGAAGCACUGUUUGGCUGGAAAGGUUUCGCAGCUCGUAGCGGUGCAUCCAACAGCCAAGGCCUGCCCCCCGUCGCUAAGGAAACAAGCCACAUCGAAUGAAGCAUUCAUAAUGAACGGAAAAGAGUUACUUGUUGGCUGCUGUUCAUCAGAUGUGUGCCCCUCCAUACAGGAUGUGCUGAGUGCUUUUCUGGAGACGUGCUCAGAUCCUGAGAGCACGUGGACUGUUAUAAAAAUCACACAGGGCUCUCCGCUCUGUUUCCCAGCUGAUACAUCUGAAAAUAAACAUUUUCCUCUUAAUCACCGGAGAGAGUGACACUCCCUGAUGAGAUGGGCUUUGCCAACUACGAGCCGGGAUGGAAGGGUGAUAUAAUGUACAUGUUCCCACAGCGCACAAUCGUGAAUGGCUGACAGAAUAUCAUGAGAUUGACGAUGUACAACGUCUCAAUGAGGGAUGGAAAUAGACGCGAAGAUAACUUUAUUAUUAUUCCUUAUCUCAAAGCUUGUUUCCACUUUCACAAAGAUUAGAGUCAUUGACAGCUAUAAGGCAAACAGUAUUCCUCCAAAUGAGCUGAAUAACUUUCAGCAAGUGUUUGUAUCUCUGUGUUCACUUUAGUUCUCAGUGAGAACGAUACCCUCAGCUACAGAACAUUGCAAAAGACUAUUGCGAGAUUUCUGAGCCUUUUUUUCUCUCAUUGAUACGUUUUAUUUAAUCUCUACUCCACGUGUUCUCUUUUUUGCAUCAUAUUGAUGUGUUUUAAAAAAGGGCCCCUAUUUGAGUUGUACCUUACAGCCGACUCUUAUUUUCUUCUGUUGGCAAGUUGGGCCUUUCUGUUGGUCUGACAAAAGCCCAGUAUCUUUAUGCACCUCUGAUGUAAUGAUAGAGUCUGGCUGACUCGGACACGGGCACAGUGCAAAGAAACUAAGUCUCGAUCAUACAUGUCACUUUUUGUGUGAACCGGAUUCAUACUGUAUACACACUGUUCUAUAAGUGCUUUAAUUAGUCUUACUUUUUUAGUCCCUUUUAUUAUUUGAAUGAAGGGAAGAGGUUUUAGGAAUAAUUAUGCCUUAAUAAUGCCAAAAUUUGAGUCAUGUAACUUCUCAUUUCUGACUCCUGAUGCAUCCAUCCAGCAUGGCCCUGCAUCACAUUGCAAAUCCAGACAUGGGGUGAGAUAAUCAUUAUAUAAACAGAGGAACAGUAUUAAUCUGCUCUCUGAUCGCUCCACAGGGGCAGAGGAUAUGGUCUGGAUAAACAUAUUGAAAUGAAUAUACUGUACCCUGGUUGGCCCCGUGCUUUGUUCCAGCACGGAGCCUGAUUUCUGUGGGCAAAAUGUGAAACUGUCGAAAGGUGGUCAAUAAACAUAUGACCUCUCUGUCACAGGAGAGAAACA